CACACACACAUUAAAUACACACCAAAAUCCUUCUUCCUCAAAUCCCGAUUCAUUAUUAUCAUCUCUUUCACAUCAACAAUCACCUGCACACCUAUACGUACAUUAACAUACAUACAUACCACCACUCAUCAUCAUCAUCAUCAUCGCCGGCGAUCUUCUCAAUGACAAUGACGACCAAUGCCGGAGCAGUAGGUCCCUUCGGCGACACUACGUUGACCAAAGUCUUCGUUGGCGGCUUAGCCUGGGAGACUCAAAAGGAAGCCAUGCGAGAUCACUUCGAGAAGUUCGGCGACAUUCUCGAAGCCGUCAUCAUCUCCGAUAAAACCACCGGCCGAUCCAAAGGCUACGGAUUCGUUACGUUUAAGCAGCCGGAAUCGGCGAAAAAAGCGUGUGAAGAUCCGACACCGGUGAUUAACGGCCGUCGUGCGAAUUGUAACCUAGCGUCACUCGGUGCUCGCCGUCAGAGAACGUUAACCGUUGUUCCGCCGUCGCCUCCACCGCCACCGCACCAACAAUCCGGAGCUAAUGUGAUCGUAGGUCCGAGAUCUGGAUCUGCCGGAGCGGUUACACCACCGCCUGUAAGUCAUGUGCAAUGGUACUAUCCACCAACGCCACCGCCGGCCUCACCGUACCACCACCAGGCAACACUGCCGUACUACGGUUAUGCUCCGGCUGCUUACGUGGCAACAACGGAUGUCAGUUACAAUCACAAAUUAGGGUAUACUGGUGGGGCCUACAUGAGUGGAGGACACUACUCGCAUAUGUAUAAUGGACAUUAUUCGCCAACUUACCCAAUGUAUCAAUAUCAUCCUUCUCAAGCAAUGGGCUUACCGGCCCAUUUCUUUUGUGCUCCAACUUCUGCUGGCCCAAUAGCUACUGUUCCUGCUAUUCUAUCAAAGCCUACACAAAUUGCUCCAGCUCAAGUUUGUUUGGCUGUUGAAUGAAUAGGUACAGUUGGGGGAAGAGCAACAAAUGUGGCUAAAAGUGGCAAAUAACAAAAGAGAAGGGGGUUAGAGUGGCUUUUCGGACCAACAAUAUUUUAUCUGAUCUGCAAUGACCAACUUUUUUUUAUUUCCUCUAAUUUACAUGAUUUUUUUUCUAUUUAAUUUUUAUUUUAACUUUAUUAUUUUGAUUAAUUAAUUACAUUCUCAUCCUUUAGGCAAAUCUAAUAACUUAUUAGAUUCAUUCAUUUGUCAUAACACUCAUUCUCCAUUUAGAUGCAAAACAUUUUAAAAUAGGCAUUGUUGUAA